ACCUGGAAGCCCAUUUCCUGUAAGGUUCAUCCCUGCAUCUCCUGAGAAGGCUGUCAAAGGUUUUAAGACUUACGUCUACCGGUCUCCACAGUAUAAUGUGGAGCAAGAAGAGGAAAUAAGUGUAACUGAGUUGUUCUUCAAGAUUGACUCGGUGAGUAGAGCUUUGGAGACUGAGAAAAAUGCCAACUUUCCAUCUCUCAGAUCCUUUGAAUUACCUAUUGCUUCUUCUAGACCAUGUGGCCUUCCUCAGUUUAAGAUCACAUACAAAGACAAAGUAUACCAAGACUGGAGAGGAGUGAUUGCACCAAAUCGUAUGAAGGACUCUGCUCAAGUGAGACACAUAAACGUGAAGGCCAAGGAGUUAAUGAGAGAUUUCCAGACCAACGAAAUGAAGAGAGCUGUGUCUAGUGAUAAAUCAGAAGGGAAAAGCAGUGGCAGACACCUUGACCUUCAAAAUCAGAAGAAGGUAAAGAAAAAUGAAGCUCACUUGAAAGACCGUGAAGCUUUUCAUGAUAGCACARUGCAUCCUAACAGCGGAGAAGUGCUUAAUGCAGUCAUUUGCAUUCAAAGAUAUGUGAGAGCAUGGCUUGAAUGCAGGGCAUUCAGAAGAAUAAAGAUCAAGGCUACAAGUCAUGGACGAUCCCUGCCAGCCGUUGUAAGGCAGUACCGGAAAAUGAUGGCCCGCCUUAGAUGUCGAGCUGGUGUUUUGAAUCUAUCCACACCACUUCGGUAUUUUGAGCUGGAAGAGUGGAUGGACAAGAAAAAAUUUUAUGAAGCAAUGUUUGACAAGAGACAGUUCUGUGAAGAGAUGGACAGAAGUGACCUGCCUGGAUUUUUCAAGGACUGUGGAUAUUUUAUACCCGCCAGUGGAAUUCAGCGUGUCUUACAGAUGGUCUGCCCAAGCCUCCUAUGUGAAUCGCAGUUUUCUCUGGAUCAAAAGGCAAAGGAAGCUUCGGUUUUUAAUUUCUGCCUGUCAGUCACCCAAGCAGAGUAG